AUGUUUAGACUCGCCAGAUUAGCUACGGCACCGCGCGUUCUGCGGAGCGUGGCGCCUGUGCGCGCGUUCCACAGGUCUUCUGCUGCGUGUAGCUACGAGGAGGAGAAGGCUGUACUGGACAGCUUGUCUGCCAAGCUCUCCGAGGCCGAUGUGAAAAGACUGUCUAAGAUGAGAAAUAUUGGAAUUUCUGCCCACAUCGAUUCCGGGAAAACCACGUUUACGGAGCGUGUGCUGUUUUACACUGGCCGUAUCAAGGCUAUUCACGAUGUCCGUGGAAAGGACGGUGUUGGUGCGAAGAUGGACCACAUGGAUCUGGAGAGAGAAAAGGGUAUUACCAUUCAGUCUGCUGCCACCUACUGUUCUUGGGACAAAGACGACGAGCAUUACCAUUUCAAUCUUAUUGAUACGCCGGGUCACAUAGAUUUCACUAUUGAGGUCGAGCGUGCGCUGAGAGUGCUGGACGGUGCUGUUCUUGUUGUUUGUGCUGUUUCUGGUGUUCAGUCUCAGACGGUGACCGUUGAUAGACAGAUGAAGAGAUACAAUGUUCCUAGAAUCACGUUCAUCAACAAGAUGGAUCGAAUGGGCGCCAAUCCCUGGAGAGCCGUUGAGCAGAUCAACAAGAAACUGAAGAUCGCUGCUGCUGCCGUGCAGGUGCCUAUUGGAGCAGAAAAAGAGCUUUCCGGGGUGGUGAACAUUAUUGACCGCCAGUCUAUUUAUUUUGAGGGCUCGCAGGGAGAAAAGCUGAGAAUCGAGAAAGAGGUGCCUGCCGAUCUUGUUGACCUGGUUGAAGAGAAAAGAGCCACUCUGAUCGAGAUGCUGGCCGACGUGGACGACGAGCUCGCAGAGGUGUUUUUGAACGAGGAAGAGCCUAGCACAGACCUGAUCAAGGCUGCUAUUCGCCGUGCUACCAUCGCCAGAAAGUUCACUCCGGUGCUGAUGGGGUCUGCUCUGGCCAACAAGGGCGUGCAGCCUGUUCUGGACGCCGUUGUGGACUACCUGCCCAACCCGUCUGAAGUUCUGAACACGGCCCUGGAUAUUGCCAAUAACGAGGCCCCGGUCAAUCUGAUUGCCGCCUCGAACCAGCCGGCCGUUGUGCUCGCUUUCAAGCUGGAGGAGGGCAAGUACGGCCAGCUGACGUAUCUGCGUGUGUACCAGGGCCGCCUGAAGAAGGGAAUGAUGAUCACGCACGUCAAGACGGGCAAGAAACUGAAAAUAGCCCGGCUCGUGAGAAUGCACUCGAACGACAUGGAGGACGUGGACGAGGUGGGCGCCGGCGAGAUCUGCGCCACGUUCGGUAUCGACUGCGCCUCCGGAGACACGUUCACGGACGGCCAGGUGAACUACUCGAUGUCGUCGAUGUACGUUCCGGACGCUGUGGUGUCGCUGUCGAUCCACCCUAAGACCAAAGAUGCGGUGAAUUUCUCCAAGGCUGUGAACCGGUUCCAGAAAGAGGACCCUACGUUCCGUGUGCACUACGACAAGGACUCGAAGGAGACCAUCAUCAGCGGAAUGGGCGAGCUGCAUCUGGAGAUCUACGUCGAGAGAAUGCGUCGUGAGUACAACGUCGAGUGCACGGUGGGCCGUCCUAGAGUCUCGUACAGAGAGACCGUCCUUGGAAGCACUCCGUUCGAGUACACGCACAAGAAGCAGUCUGGAGGUGCUGGCCAGUACGCCAAGGUGAUGGGCGAGUUCAAGGCGACGUCCCUGUGCGACCCGGAGUACGUUGGAGCGUCGCCGGAGGAAGAUAUUCGGUUCAAGAAUAAUUUCCAGACCAAAAUCGUGGGUGGAAAAAUUCCUGAAAAAUAUCUCCUGGCCUGUAGCAAGGGAUUCGAGGAGAGUUUGGAAAAAGGCCCGCUCACCGGCUCGCGCGUUCUGGGCGUGCACAUGCUGAUCGACGACGGUCAGACACACGUGGUGGACUCGUCGGAGCUGUCUUUCAAGACCGCCACGCAGUUUGCGUUCAAGCAGGCGUUCCUGAACGCGCAGCCGGUGGUUCUGGAGCCGAUCAUGAACGUGGUGAUGACGUCGCCGACCGAGUUCCAGGGCGCGGUCAUCGGUCUGAUCAACAAGCUGGGCGGCGUGAUCCAGGACACCGAGAACACGGCAGAGGAGUUCACCAUCACGAGUCUGUGCUCGCUGAACAAUCUGUUUGGUAUUGCUUCGCAGCUGCGUGCGCUGACCCAAGGAAAGGGAGAGUUCACGAUGGAGUUCAAGGAGUACCAGCCUUGUCCGCCACAGCUGCAAAAGAAGCUGGUCGAGGAGUACCAGAAGAGAGGAAAGAAGGAUUAG